GUGUAUAUAGAGUAGAAUGACAGUGCAGCAGUAGCAGGCUAUAUCAUAUUGGUCUGACCAACCAGUACCAGUUAGGGAUUCAUCAUCACUCACCCACGAUAUGGCGGCGCCGGCGAUCACUUCUUCACCAGUCGUCAGAGUUGUCGCUCUCUGCGGUUCUCUCCGCAAAGCCUCCUACAACCGCGGUCUCCUCCGUGCUGCGAUGGAUAUAUCGAAGUCGGUCGAUGGUUUGGAGAUUGAGUAUGUUGAUAUAUCACCAUUGCCAUUUCUGAACACGGAUUUAGAAGUGGGAGGGACAUAUCCGCCGGUGGUAGAGGAUUUCCGACAGAGAAUCCUUGCUGCAGAUGCUGUGCUCUUUGCUUCGCCGGAUUAUAAUUACUCUAUCACAGGACCUCUGAAAAAUGCAAUUGAUUGGGCAUCAAGGCCGCCGAACGUUUGGGCUAAUAAAGCGGCUGCAAUGGUGAGCACAGCUGGAGGUACCCGAGGGCAACUGGCACAGUAUCAACUACGGCAGAUGGGUGUAUUCCUCGAUCUACAUUUCAUCAACAAGCCAGAGUUUUCCCUCUAUGCAUUCUCAAAUCCUCCAAAAUUCGACCAAAGUGGGAACUUGAUGGAUGAAUCAGCAAAGGAGAACUUGAAGGAGGUCCUCCUAUCUUUGCUCAAUUUCACUCUUCGACUCCAAGGCAAGAUUUAGUAAUUAAUGGAUGCAGAUAUCUCUAUAGCCAGCAAUAUAAUCACCAGGUGCGUACCUACUGCUGCAAAAUUACACUCCAUUUUUUAUGGAUUUGAAAAAAUAUUUGCCUUUGCCUUUGCUUUCGCCUGUUUUAAUUGUUGCUGCACAUUCUCCAAGUUGAAGUUGAAGGCUCACUCGCAUAUUUGAUUGGAUUGGUGGGAAUGGGAUAAUGCAAUAAAUUAAUAAUGCAUGCUUGCCCUAUUUUCAAA